CUCUCCCUCUUCCAGCUCAAACCUACUCAAAUAUAAUCUUACAUGCAGCUUCAAAACCUCAGAGUAUCCAAACCCCUUUUAUUUUUUAUUCCAUAUCUGAAAGGAGAAGAAACCUUUUUUGAGUUUCUCCUACUCUAUCCCAGAGAUCAAUCCAAAAGGGCUCGGAAAUAUGAGGCCUAAAAGCCAGCAAAUCUCCAUCCUUAAGCUGCUCCUCCUUGGUGUCUUCCUUGCUUUCUUCCUGCUUUUUGUGUUACGAUCAAGCAUGUCGCCUUCCCAGGAAAGUUCAUCUCCCAGCGCUCAACCAAAAACCUCAGAUUCCAUGAAAGAAGCUAGAGCAACAAAUUGCUCACAGGGAUGUAGUAAGGUCCCACGCUUCCUAACCCAAGCUCUCAUUCACUACACAACCUCAACCAUCACCCCACAGCAAACACAGAAAGAAAUAUCAGUGAGUGCCAAAAUUUUAGAAAAGAAGUCUCCAUGUAAUUUCUUGGUUUUCGGCCUCGGUCAUGAUAGCCUUAUGUGGAGUGCACUCAACUACGGUGGACGAACAGUUUUCCUUGAAGAAGAUGAAGCUUGGAUUGCGCAAAUUAAACGCCGGUUUCCUAUGUUAGAGUCUUAUCACGUGACAUAUGACAGCAAGGUGAAUCAAGCUAACAAUCUCAUGGAGGUAGGCAAGGGGCCUGAGUGCACAGCAAUUAGUGAUCCAAAGUUCUCUAUGUGCCAGCUUGCCUUGAAAGGUUUGCCUAGUGAAGUUUAUGAGAUAGAAUGGGACUUGAUCAUGGUUGAUGCACCAACAGGGUACUAUGAAGAGGCACCAGGGAGAAUGACUGCCAUAUACACUGCCGGAAUGAUGGCAAGAAACAGGAAAGAAGGAGAGACCGAUGUUUUUGUGCAUGAUGUGAACAGAGAGGUGGAAGAUAAGUUCUCCAAGGCACUUCUUUGUGAAGGAUAUAUGAAGAAACAAGUAGGGAGGUUAAGGCACUUUAUCAUUCCUAGCCACAGGGAUGCCUUGGACAGACCUUUUUGCCCAGAGUAGAUUCUUUUCUUUUCUUUUCUUUUUAAUCUCUUUUCCUAUGCAAUUUUUGUGCAUCUAAGAACAAACUUGGUAUCAUUUUCAAAGAACAUGCAUGGCUUCUGUUGAAUGUUGAGUAGGCAGCUAAAACCAAACUGGAAGUUUCUCUCCAUUGUGAUUGAAUUGAUAUUUGAUAAAUGGCAGAGCAUAAUAAGAAGGUACAAAGGAUUGAAGUUUCUCAA